GCCAUUUCCUCAUGCGCCGACACUCAAAGGGCCAUCUAUCAUUCCAUGACUGCAUAACGACCAAAGGAAACCAAGCAAUGCAUACAUACACAUUUUGAAGAUUGAGAAACAGUGGCGUAGUCUGAAGCUCUCAUCAUGUCCAAGCUAUCUGAGCCACUGAAAGCUCUCAUCAACGCGGCUCAUGCUCGACCUAAUACCGUCCCGGCACCUACACACAUUGCCACAGUGUACAGUAAUAUCGCCAAUGCAUCGCGAGAGAAGAACGUCGGGCUCCCUGCAUGGCUGUGUGCGUCGACUGCUGCGACCAUGACUAUGAACUCGCCCGACUCGUUGCUGGAAUUAUAUCGUCUCGCUUCUAUGCCCGAACAUCAGACGGGCGAUUCACGUAAUCACCCUUUGUUGGUCGCAGAGCUGAUGCGUGAGGCUGGGUUGAAAUGUAUCGGACUCAAUGGUAUUCCUCGGACUAUCAAUAUGCUCGGAGCUUUCUACAAUGGUCUACCCAAUGCUGUUCAAAAAGACCUACAAAAGCGUCAACCGCGAAGAAAACUAUCUUCAUCCACAAUUAAACCAACCACAACCCGCGGGAACGCCCUUUGGGACAGCAUCUACCACCCCGUCACCGACAAGCUCACACGUAAACUCGCUCAGUCCCACCCGGACCUACCCAUCUUCAUCAUCGAAGGCGCAUACGGCGCACUCUUUUCCGACCCACCACACAGCAACGACAAUCGAAACACCACCACCUCUUCCUCCACCACAUCAGCAUCAACAGAACCUUCCCCUCCAAAUAUCGGCCGCGUCCUCACAUCCGUCCUCGCCAUCGCCUGCCUUCGUGCACAAACCGGCGUCGGUCCACAGAUCGUCAGCCACGUUUUUGGAUUGCGCAAAGCGUUCGAGGACGGAACCGCAGCGCGAGAGGACGAGAUCCUGGGCGGCAAGUGGCUGGCGAGUGAUGAGGGGAGUAUUUGGUUGUUGCAGCAGAUUGACAGUGUGGUUCAGGCAAUCGGCGGCGACAGAGGCACGACGUUCGCGCAGGGCUUUGGCGGCGAUGUUGGUGGAGCUGUCAAGGCGAAGUUAUAGCACCCAUGUGGGAUAUUGUACGCAUGUGGCAUGUUGCGGUGUGGUGCAUCAUUUCUGUGACGAGCACGGAAAAGUUCCACAUAGCAAUGUUGUCGU